UGAUCACAGAUAAGUGAUUAUGUUUUUCUGUUGAGCGCGGUGUUUUUUUUGUUAUAAACACAGGCUUCAAAUAGCUAUCGAUCAGUAAGUUCUUAUCGAUGGUUUGUUUUGCAAAAUGUACAAGCCGUUUGGGUACCUAAACUUUUACAGAGUUUUGGGUGUGAAUGAAGACGCCUCGGAGGAGGAGAUCAAGAAGGCCUUUCAUCAGCUAGCCAGUCGCUGUCAUCCCGACAAGAGCAGAUCGGGCGCUACCGAAAAGGAAUUCAAGAAAAUUCUCCACGCCUACAAGGUGCUUACGGAUGUAGUCCAGAGAAAUUACCACAACAUUCAUCUUAGGCAGAGGCAACAGCGAAACUCCAACAGGACACACCCGCGCCAUGAGGAGGCUCAUCCUACACAGGAACCGAGUAUCAGCCAGAGAUUUUGGAGCUGGCUACUUCCGCACCGCAUCUUUGUGGCAUUUGUAUGGUUGAGGCUGUGGUUGACGUCGCACUGCCAGAUGAGAUUAAUAUUCGCAAGGUCUGGCUUAGGAAAAUGCUUCCAGCGGGCAAAGCUGCUCCUCAUCGAGCUAUGGCCACAAGUUAGGGAAUGUGCUAUAACUAUUAGGAAGACAGCAGUCGCGCUGGUUAAGUGGUCACUGUGUGCCCAUAUUAAAAUGUCUUUGUGGAGUAUUAAGCAUCUGGUGUCUGAGAUGCUCAGGGCUUUCGUUGGAGCACCUGGCAGCCCCAUACAAAAGCUUAUAUGUGUGAGCUUCGCCUGGCAGAUCGCAGUUCUAGGUCAUAGAGUCGGGGUUUGGCCUUGGGUGGGUUGCCUAAUGCUUUAUAUAAUUCGUUUCUCGUUGAUAUUCAUUAUGUUUUGUGUAAAAUGUAUUAUUUAUUUACUCUUAAACACAAUAAAGUAGAGCA